CGCAUUCGCUUUUGGUGUCGACCUGCGGACUCGAAUUGUCGACCUGUGUCCACGGCUGUCGAUAUCCCGCAUGAAUGUCCCUGCGCACCUCUUUGCUUCGAGCUGGGGGCGUUGUUCGCGUUCGCGUUCCAAGACCACACUGGACUGAAAAGAGAUUUGUCCAUAGUGACGUAGCCGAUUCUGCAUACAAACAGGCGCACGAUGAUUUUGCGAGGGACAGGAUUGAAGGGUUUUCCAGGUCAUUGAACGAGUCGCGAAACAAACGCGACGAUAUUCUUGCCUACUACCCCAGCGUAGCUUCCCAGGUGCGGUGGUCCUUGUCCAAUAAUCCCAAACCUACCAUCACAAAAGCACCUGCGUCAUACGUUGAACAUAUUCAUGACAUGGUCGGAACCCUUGCAACGUCGGGACAGGGAUCCGACCUCAAGUGUAUCGAACAGAUUCUGAAGGACCUGCCCAUCGUUUUUCUCCUGAAUCCGUCCCCCGAAAUCCACGUCACCAUUAUACGCGGUCUCAUAAAAAAUGGAAACAUGUUUAGCGCGCUUCUGUGGCUGAAAACCAUGUUGGCCAAGCCCGGUCAGCUGCAUCCCACUGUCGACCAAUACCAUCUACUUCUAGAGUCGUGUAUAACGUCGACUUCGCCCCAGGUCUCUCUCAAAUUCAUGAAAUCAGUGGUUAAAGCCAUGCGUGACACUGGCUGUCAGCCAACCCACGACACCUACACAAUUCUCAUACGGUACCUCUGGUCGAAACCGAAUCUGGUGCUCCCUCCUACAAUCUUCGAGACGUUGAUUCAGGAGAUGAGCGAAGACUAUCUGCCUCUGAAUCAGCAGAUUGCAGACCUUCUGUACGAGGCAUACGCAGAUCGAGGGCUGAUGAAACUUGCCGACCAGAUUUUGCAGACCUAUAGAGAGUCUGUCCCGAUGACUUUGAUCACCCCCGACCAAAUCAGGGAUUCUAGAUGGCUAGAUAGUCUGUCAAGGGAGUCAUACCGAACAGGCGUAAACGGAGCUCUUGCGUUGUUCAGGGACCUGGAGAAAGAUGGAGCAGUGGGAACCCCGGAUGUUCUGAAAGCUCUGUUGCGAGGGUCCACGACUACCGAGGAUCUCAUGAAGGCUCAGGAAGCGACUGGGAUCCAAGCGACUGCCGUCCACUGGUCUAUGCUCACGUCAAAAAACGCUCGGCGAGGCAGACUCCCCCACGCAUUGGCCAUUUAUAGGGACAGCAGAGAAGCUGGGAUUACGCCCACCUUGUCUCUUUUGGGCCCGUUGAUCAAGGCAUUCUGUUUAGUCGGUACGGAAGAUUCAUUGGAUCAAGCUUUUGCGCUAUACCAAGAUCUUACUGCUGCGAAUGAGGCAGGCAAUUUCACUACUCCAAACAUAGGUCCUGAUGUCGCUAUCUAUCAAUCCAUGUUGAGCGGUCUUUCCCUAAAUCCUAAUUUAACGAAAGCCCUCGAGAUCACUAAUAUCCUCUUGACGGACAUGGGCGCCAGAGACAUUUCUCUCAAUGGCAUGGGCCAAGAUGUCAUUUCAAUUCGCAUACGGAGUGCUUCCGAUGAAGCAGAGGCAUACGAAAUCUAUGAAGACCUGAAGCACACAGUACAGGGCCUCGGUUUCGUCAAAGUUAUGGAUGCAUUCUGCGCGCUCUCUUAUCGAAGCGGAUUGCAUGUCCCAUCUCUCGAGAAGGUUUUCGCAAUUGUUGGCGAUAUGAAACGCUCUGGACAAUGCAUAAACCCAUCUGUUUAUACCAUGUUGUUGGGUCAUUUCAACGAGAUCGCCCUCCGGAUGGAGAAACAAAGCCCUUCCUCUGAGUUUGUCGACAAAUAUUGUGACACUGUCCGCCGUAUACAUGACCUUCUCGUUCUCGAAUCAUUUUCGCCGGAGGCUCCGUUGUGGAACCUGCUCAUGGACACAUACCGGCGUGUGCAGCGCCAUCACGACGUGUACCGUGUUUGGGAGCAGAUCUUCCUCUCAGGAAAGUAUGAUCAUGAGAGCGUCAAUAUUAUAUUGGGCUCGUGCGGUCUGUCCCACGACUUGUCUGCGGCGAGACAUGUUUAUGCACGGUUAAAUGAAGGGGGCUACACUCUCACCAAGGAGAAUUGGGAUUCAUGGAUCGAGUGUCUGUGUCGCACCACCCAAGUCAAUGAAGCGGUGAAGACUGUGUGUUUAGAGAUGACUUGGAGGGGUGUGCAACCUGAUGAGAUGACAGUUCGGACAUUGCUGACUUACACAGAAAAGAGUGGUUUAGCAAAAGAGGUAAUGGUACGCAUAGAACGCCAUUUGCCUCAAGUUUGGGCGAAGCUUCCCGUGGACCUAAAAGAAGCAGGUUCGAUGUGACAUAUUAUUAUGGAUAUACUGCAAAAUGUAUGAUGGUACCAUUAAUAUUGUACAAAUGUCUAUGAGAGGUUCGGUUGACCAAC